UCACAGUGCACGCGCGCACUCCAGACUCGUACCCCGCACCCAAUGGCCCCCCUCGCCGCCUCGACGUCCGGCGACUCAUCGAAGCAGACCAAUGAGACGGACACCUCGCUGGACGUCUCUGUGUUGAAGGAGCAGGCGCGGAAGGGUCUGGUAGAUGCAUUGAAUUCCGUGAAUGGCGCAAAGACUCUGGUGCUGGAUCCUACACUGGCCGGGCCUCUGAGUUUGGUAACGGAGGUGUCCUUGCUCAAGCAUCAUGGCGUUGACAAGAUGUUCUGGCUCGAACCGGGGCCUCUGUCUGCAACGACUACGAACAUUGUAUACCUCUGUCGGCCGCUCGUUAAGUGGGUCAAGCUCAUAGCUGAACAACUCAAACGACAUGGCCGAGAAGCCCAGAAACACACAUAUACCCUGCUCUUGGUACCUCGGACCUCGACGCUCGUCAGCCGGAUAUUGGAAGAAGAGGGCGUCUUAGGAGAUAUCACCAUCUCCUCGUACAACCUGCAAUUCAUCCCCCUCGCCGACGAUGUCAUCUCGUUGGAGAACGACAACGCGUUCAAGGAGUUGUGGGUCGACGGGGACGAGACUGUCAUCUACAACUCGAUGCAAGCCCUGCACGGUCUGCAGCGUCUGUAUGGGCAGUUCCCUCGGAUAGUCGGGAAGGGUGACUACGCCUCGCGAUUAGCCAACCUUCUCCAUGGGAACCCGUCAACCUCGGAUAGUCCAAGCACUAGUCAAGCCGUUCAAAGCCCUAUCGACUCCUUAAUCAUUAUCGACAGAGGGGCGGACAUGAUCACGCCUCUGCUCACACAACUCACCUACGAGGGUCUUAUCGACGAAUGCUUCGACAUCAAGAAUUCCCACGUAGAAGUCCCAGCAUCCCUCCUAGCCGCACCUCCAGCCCCAGGACAACCAAACGCCGCUUCAUCCAGUACCCCGCCCAACCCGGCACCCACACUAGCGAAGGAGAAACAGAAGAAGAAACACCAUCUAACCGCAGCCACCGACCCCCUCCUCACCGAGCUGCGCGACCUGAACUUCGCUCACGUAGGCCGGAAGCUGAACCAGGUCGCACGGCGGCUGGACGAGGACUACAAGCUCAGGCACCAAGCGAAAACGCCUGCGCAGUUGCGCGACUUCGUGAACAAGCUUGGGGGACUGCAGUCGGAGCACCAGUCUUUGAGGCUCCAUACUGGGUUGUCUGAGAUGUUGGUCCCUGUGACGAGGAGCGACCAGUUCAACAAGUCACUCGAGAUCCAGCAGAAUCUGCUAGCUUCAUAUGACAUCCCCGCCCAGCUGACUGCUAUCGAGGAGCUGAUAGCACAGGGCGCGGACAUGCAGGUCGUCGUACGGUUGUUGUGCCUCGCCAGUAUAGUCAGCGGCGGCAUCAAGGCCAAGACGCUAGAGAACCUAAAGCGCGAGAUUUUGCAGGCUUACGGUUACAACCUCUUGCCACUACUCCUCUCACUAUCGGCACCCCCAUUAUCCAUCCUUCUCCCGAACCCUCUGCCGCCUUCCGCCCAAACCACCGCCGCAGCGACGAAAUACCCCUACGCCGCGCUGCGCAAGUCCCUCCGGCUGCUUAUCGAGGACCCCGACAACGUGGACGACCUCGAGAAUGACAUCAGCUACGUCUACUCCGGAUAUUCACCCAUCAGCGUCCGGCUGGUCCAGUGCGUCGCGCAGAAGGGCGGCGUCCUAAGCAACCCCGCCGCGGACAGGGAGAAGAAAGCGAAGGCCGACGUGGAUGGGAGCAGACUGAAGGGCAUGCCGUCGCAGAAGGUCCAAGCGCAUCCCAUCGUGGGCUGGAAGGGCUUUGAGGAUGUCGUAGCGAGCAUACCGGGUGGGACGGUUGAUAUCGUCCAGAAGGAGCCUGGAGGCCUGGAGGGCGCAAGUGCGACGGCCGCGACACUGAGUGAGUGAAAUCCCGGUCUUUUGUGGGAGUAUCGUGCUGAGAUACAGUCAUGCCGAGAGAAACGCCCACCACUACGCUCGUGUUUUUCCUGGGAGGGUGCACGUACACGGAGAUCGCUGCGCUGAGGUGGGUUGGCCGGCAGAACAAGGGGCGCAAGUUCUUGGUUGCCAC